AUGAACCAUCAGGUCAAAACUAAGGGGCAACUACAACUGCUACUCUACUGCAUGUAUAACUUUACUGCUCCACCCCCCUCCAGGACGGCCCGUGGCCUGGCUGUGAUCGACUGGGAGGACUGGCGCCCCCUGUGGGCCAGGAACUGGGGCUCCAAGUGGAUCUACAGGACCCUAUCAGUGACUCAUGCCCGCCAGAGGGACCGCUCCCUCACAGCCCGGCGGGCAACGGCUACAGCCAAGAAGCAGUUCCAGGCCGCAGCCCGCAGCUACAUGGCAGAGACUCUGUCCUUGGGUAGCCGGCUCAGGCCCAACUACCAGUGGGGAUUCUACCUGUUCCCCAACUGUUAUAACCAUGGUUGGAUGGAGCCGGGAUACACAGGAAGAUGUUCCAAGGAGGUGAGGGGGCAGAAUGAUGAGCUGCUCUGGCUGUGGGAGGCUAGUUCCGCACUCUACCCCUCUAUAUACCUGCAGGCGUCUCUAGGGGACAGGCAUAGCGCCGCCCUGUUGGUGAGGAACAGAGUCCAGGAGGCGCUGAGGGUGUCUGCCCUGCCCGCCCGGCCCGCCACCGCACCCGUCUACGUAUACACACGACCCGUCUUCAUCGACCAGAACAGACGCUUCCUCAGCCAGGGGGACCUUGUCAGCACCAUCGGGGAGAGUGCUGCUGUGGGGGCCUCAGGAGCCGUGCUGUGGGGGGCCAGUGCCGACUACAAUGACAAGGCGUCCUGUGAGGCUCUUUCCUCGUACCUCACCACCACGCUCAACCCCUACGUCGCCAACGUGACAGCCGCCGCCCAGCUCUGCAGUGACUUCCUGUGCCAGGGGAAUGGCCGCUGCGUCCGGAAGCACUACGAGUCGGACCACUACCUUCAUCUGUCCUCAGGGAACUUCCAUAUCCUCCGGGCCAGGAACACGUACAUGGUCCUGGGGACGCCCAGUCUGGCUGACCUGACUCUCUUCUCCAGGAGGUUCACCUGUCAAUGCUAUACAGGACGGACAUGUGCCCCCAAGCUGCCCAUACACCUGUCUAAGGCGCUGGUGUUCAGACUGAAGCAUCAGGGUCUGUCCGACAAGACUAAGACACUGAAUAAAGUGAUAGCUGAUAUGGAACAAUCCACCAUUAAGGAGAACUUGAAAAAACACUGACGGAUGGAUCAUGAGUGUUGGCCUGUGUAACUGGACUGUGUCCUGUGUAACAUACACACGGUGGCACAAGUCUCUCGUUUGACCUAUAUAAUAAUACUGUAAUAAGAGGUAAGUACUUGAACAUCCCAGGCAGAUGAUGGUUUAGGGUAAAAUGUUGACUAAAAGUUUGUUGAUUGCACAUAAGGAGAAACUAUAGUGUAUGCCAUGCAGUACUGUACAACCUGAGUUUGUCAGGUUGCUGUUUUCUCUGUGCCUUAAAGUUCACAUUGCAGUAAUGAUAAAGCUUCAUACGUCUACUAAUUCCAUUCAGCUGGAAAUAGCCUAAAGAUAUUGACAUGUUGCGACAGGAACAAAGACGAGUGGAUUGCAAGUAGAGAUAGUUUCUGUGACAACAUUUCUCCUGUAGUUAUUUGCAUAUCAUUUGAGGGUAUAUAAAAAUAAAAACGGGACUCUGUC